UGGUGGCUGCCACCUCACACAGCUUCUGACAUCUUGGAGGACUCUUCCCUUUUGCUGUGUAAGUAAAAGGAUUUCCUCUGAAACCUGGGUUAGCCCAGCAAGACCUGUCAUCAUGGCUCACCGAUUUCCAGCCCUCACCUCAGAGCAGAAGAAGGAGCUCUCUGAAAUUGCCCAGCGCAUUGUCGCCAAUGGGAAGGGCAUCCUGGCUGCAGAUGAAUCUGUGGGCACCAUGGGAAACCGCCUACAGAGGAUAAAGGUGGAAAACACGGAAGAGAACCGGAGGCAGUUCCGAGAAAUCCUCUUUAGUGUGGACAAUUCCAUCAGCCAGAGCAUCGGCGGAGUGAUCCUUUUCCAUGAGACCCUCUACCAGAAGGACAGCCAGGGAAAGCUGUUCAGAAACAUUCUCAAGGAAAAGGGAAUUGUGGUGGGGAUCAAGUUGGACCAAGGAGGUGCCCCACUUGCAGGAACAAACAAAGAAACUACCAUUCAAGGACUUGAUGGCCUCUCUGAACGCUGUGCUCAGUACAAGAAAGAUGGAGUUGACUUUGGGAAGUGGCGUGCUGUGUUGAGAAUCGCUGACCAGUGUCCCUCCAGCCUUGCUAUCCAAGAAAAUGCCAAUGCUCUGGCUCGCUAUGCCAGCAUCUGUCAGCAGAAUGGGCUGGUACCUAUUGUUGAGCCUGAGGUGCUUCCUGAUGGAGACCAUGACCUAGAGCACUGCCAGUAUGUUUCUGAGAAGGUCCUGGCUGCUGUCUACAAGGCUCUCAAUGAUCAUCAUGUUUACCUAGAAGGCACUCUGCUAAAGCCAAACAUGGUGACUGCUGGACAUGCCUGCACCAAGAAGUAUACACCAGAGCAAGUGGCUAUGGCCACCGUCACAGCUCUCCACAGAACUGUUCCUGCAGCUGUGCCUGGUAUCUGCUUUUUGUCUGGAGGCAUGAGUGAGGAGGAUGCUACACUUAACCUCAAUGCUAUUAACCGUUGCCCUCUACCAAGGCCCUGGAAACUAAGCUUUUCAUACGGAAGAGCCCUCCAGGCCAGUGCAUUGGCUGCCUGGGGUGGCAAGGCUGCAAACAAGAAGGCAACCCAGGAAGCUUUCAUGAAGCGGGCCGUGGCUAACUGCCAGGCGGCCCAAGGACAGUAUGCUCACACAGGUUCAUCAGGUGCUGCUGCUACCCAGUCACUCUUCACACCCUCCUACACCUACUAGAUACCAUCACUCACCAGCCAGGCUCCAGUUCUCCUAAAUAUUUUGGUUGGAGACCUGAAAGGCUUCAGUCAACCCUGGAAAUUAGAUAGCAUUUGAUUGAACUUCUGAAAACACAACGUAUGUGAAUCAUAAACACAGGAGAAAAGCUGAGUCAGCUGUUGAAACACGAGUUAUGAGCAUGUCACCCAGUAGUCUCUGAAUACCUCCAGUUCCCCGUGUUCCAGAACAUUCAUCCAAGAAAAGAACAGGCUCUCCAAGGAAAGUCAGUCUUCCAUGCACAUAGCUAUUACUGAGAAAAGCAAUUCAGAAGCAGAGGAUGGAGGAGGGCAUUUUAAUAAACAUACUUACCAGGGACUGAUUAUAGAAGAGGCACAGCAACAGAAAAAGAAAUAAAAAGUGUAUAAACCUUCA